UGUGGCCAAAGGGCUGAGGGGGGUCUCUCGCGCCGGGGGCUCUCUCUUUGGAAGGUGGCCUGAAAAUUGAAUUGGAGUGUCCUUGUUUCUCCUAUUGUCCAGGGAAGCAUAGAUGGCUGGACACAGACUCUAGAGACUUCAAAUAAUGUGGAAAUGUUUCGACCUUCAGGUUCCACUGGGCUGAUUCCCCCAUCCCACUUCCAAGUUCGGCCCCUUCCAACUCUGCCAAGAAUGGCUCCCACGUGGGUCUCAGACAUUCCCCUGGUUCAGCCCCCAGCCCAUCAAGAUGUCUUAGAGAGGCGGCCAGAUAACCAGAGACCUCAAGUGACCAUGUGGGGACAGGAAGUUUCUGGCAAAGGGCAGGAGCCAGGGUGGAGAGGCAGGUCCGUGGAGCUGGCGGGGUCGCAGGCCCUGAGCCAGCAGGCUGAGCUGAUCUCUCGGCAGCUGCGAGAGCUGCGGCGGCUCGAGGAGGAGGUCCGGGUGCUGCGGGAGACCUCGCUGCAGCAGAAGAUGAGGCUGGAGGCCCAGGCCACGGAGCUAGAGGCACUGGCACGGGCAGAGAAGGCUGGCCGCGCUGAGGCUGAGGGCCUGCGUGCUGCCCUGGCCGGGGCCGAGGUUGUCCGGAAGAAGCUGGAAGAAGAGAGCCAGCGGGAGCUGGAGGACGUUCGGAGGCUGCACCAAGAGCAGCUCUCCUCCCUGACACAGGCUCACCGGGAGGCUCUUUCCAGUUUGACUAGCAAAGCUGGGGGCCUGGAGAAGUCUCUGAGUAGUCUGGAAACCAGGAGGUCAGGAGAAGCUGAAGAGCUGGCUGCGGCCCAGAGGGAGGCCGAGCUGCUGCGGAAGCAGCUGAGCAAGACCCAAGAGGAUCUGGAGGCUCAGGUGACCUUGGUUGAGAACCUAAGGAGGUACGUGGGAGAGCAGGUCCCUCCCGAGGUCCACAGUCAGAUGUGGGAAUCAGAGCGACAGGAGCUUCUAGAAACCGUGCAGCACCUGCGGGAGGACCGGGCCGGCCUGCACACCACCACGGAGCUGCUGCAGGUGCGCGUGCAGAGCCUCACGCACAUCCUCUGCAUGCAGGAGGAGGAGCUGGUCCGGAGGGUUCAGCCUUCAGACUGCCUGGAGCCCGAGUUCACCAAGAAGUGCCAGUCCCUGCUGAAGCGCUGGCGGGAGAAGGUGUUUGCCCUCAUGGUGCAGCUGAAGGCCCAGGAGCUGGAGCACAGAGACUGUGUGGGGCAGCUGAAGGGACAGGUGGCCGAGCUCCAGGAAGGAGUCAAAACUCAGUGCCAGGAGCAGGCCAUCCUGCAGCGCUCCCUGCAGGACAAAGCUGCAGAGGUGGAGGUAGAGCGGAUGGGUGCCAAGGCCCUGCAGACGGAGCUGAGCCGCACUCAGGAGGCCCGGCGCCGGGAGCAGCAGCAGACAGCCACAGCGGAAGAGCAGCUGAAGCUUGUGGCCAACGCUGUCAGCAGCUGCCCCCAACCCCCACCGGCCACGGAUAUGAGCCUGGAGUUGGAGCAGCUGCGGGAGGAACGGGACCGUCUGGACGCAGAACUGCAGCUGAGCGCCCACAUCAUCCAGCAGGAGGUGGGCCGGGCCCGGGAGCAAGGGGAGGCGGAGCGGCAGAAGCUGAGCGAAGUGGCCCAGCAGCUGGAACAGGAACUGCAGCGCACCCAGGAGUCCCUGGCCAGUUUGGGGCUGCAGCUGGAGGCGGCUCGCCAGGGCCAGCAGGAGAGCACGGCGGAGGCUGCCAGUCUCCGGCAGGAGCUGACCCAGCAGCAGGAGGUCUACGGGCAAGCGCUGCAGGAGAAGGUGGCCGAAGUGGAGACUCGACUGCGGGAGCAGCUCUCAGAAUCAGAAAGGAGACUGAACGAGGCUCGCAGGGAACACACCAAGGCCGUGGUCUCCCUGCGCCAGAUCCAGCGCAAAGCCACCCGAGAAAAGGAGCGGAACCAGGAGCUGCGGCGCCUGCAGGAUGAGGCCCGAAAGGAGGAGGGACAGCGGCUGACCCAGCGCCUGAAGGAGCUGGAGAGAGACAAGAACCUCAUGCUGGCCACCUUGCAGCAAGAGGGUCUCCUCUCCCGUUACAAGCAGCAGCGACUGUUGGCAGUUCUUCCUUCCCCGUCGGCUAAGGGGUUACCUGUGGAGUCCAGCCCCAGGCCCUCAGAGUCUUCAGCGCCUGUUCCUCCGGCAGCGGCCCUGUGCACCAAGGAGUCCAUCAAAGGAUCCCUUUCAGUCCUGCUCGAUGACUUGCAGGGCCUGAGUGAGGCCAUUUCCAAAGAGGAAGCUAUUUGUGAAGGAGACAGCCAGACCUCUUCUUCUGUCUGCCUCUGAGCAGCUGUGAGGACCAGAGGGAUGAGGAUGGAGGAGGAGUGGGUUGGGGAGGGCGUCCAGCCCAGCUCCUUUCCCAUCCAGCUGCCCUCGGGGACAGCCGCCAAGAUAUUGUGAAUUGUCCCGUGGCUCAAUAAAGAUGACUGCAGU